AUGAAUAAAGAAGCACCGCUCUCCAUUGCUGAGCGUGACUUCAUCCUCAAUGCUCUGCGCGAGGAUGUGAGGUUGGAUGGUCGCGAGGCAGACCAGUUCCGUCCCUUGACCGUGUCGUUUGGGGAUGAAUACGGCCAUGUGAAGGUGCAACUGGGCAAGACCAGUCUUAUCGUCCGCAUCUCAUCGGAAGUGUCCAAACCUCGCGAUGACCGUCCCUUCGAUGGAAUCUUUACAAUUGCUCUUGAGCUAACGGCCAUGGGAUCACCCGCUUGGGACAACGGCCGACAAGGAGAUCUCGAAACAUACGUGACUAACGUUCUCGAUCGAGUGGUCCGUCAUUCCAAUGCUCUGGAUACGGAAUCGCUCUGCAUUCUCAAGGGUGUGAGCUGCUGGAGUGUUCGGGCCGAUGUCCAUAUCACCGACUACGAUGGAAACAUUGUCGAUGCUGCCUGUAUCGGCGUGAUGGCGGGAUUGCAGCAUUUCCGACGUCCGGACGCGGUCGUGAAAGAUGGACAGGUGAUCGUCUAUGGCCUGGAUGAACGGGUCCCGGUUCCGUUGAACAUUACCCAUAAACCGCUAUCCAUUACCUUCCACACGUUCGACGAGGGAAAACGCGUGAUUCUGGAUGCGACUCGAAAGGAGGAACAGGCUGCGGAAGCCGACGUGGUUAUCGGCAUGAACGGGGCGGGGGAUGUCUGUUAUCUGUCUAAAUUCUCUGGAUCGCCCGUGGAAGCGAUGGUGUUUGUGUCGAAAACGACUGUGGCGCUCAACCAGGUCAAAGAGAUCAACGGCAUAAUUGACAAGGCGCUUCAAACCGAUCUGGCGAAACGGUCCAAAAAUGGUCUGGCGGAGGAGUCUCGAGCUGAGAACUAUCGGUGA